GAGUGCGCCACGUGACUCUUGAACCUUUAAAUUUGAUCGAGGUCCUCCAAAAGCCAGGCUGCAACCUGCAACAUUUAGGCUUCUCAAUGGCAUCCGCUGUGACAAGUGCAGCAAAAAUAGUCUCAAGACAGGGUCGUAGAGCAGGGAAGCCGCUAAUGAGAAUGGGGCUCAAGGAGGAAAGCUUUGACCAGCGGAAGAAAGAUAUCCUCGCGUAUACAAUAGACAAAUCGCCAAAAGGCAGCAUAGAUACGCCCGUUAUUCCUCUAUUGAACGUCAUAAAUGAGUGUACUGAUUUAGUAACGACCUCAAGCUGCUCUGGACGAGUUGCGGUCUAUGUCGAUGCUGCACCGGGAACAGCAGAGAAGGUUACGAAAGGCGGCACCUGGUUGAGUGUGACACAUGAUCCUUUACCAACGAUCAUCAGUUCUGAAGGGUCGGCUGAAGCGUCCGACAAGCUUUGGUCAAUGCUCUUCCCAAACCACAAGGAGGAGGAUUGCUCAUUGCGAUUCACGACGUCCACGCCACAUGACAUCAAUGUGCCCAUCAUUUACUUCAAGUUCGAACCAUUCAUAUUGCACGUACUUGCCCGAACACGAGAAGCUGCCGAUGCUCUACUGACCGUGGCAUUGGCGUGCGGCUUUGCGAACAGUGGCAUUCAGAAUCGGAUGGUACAAAUACGUGGGAGCCUGAAGAUUGACGCGGUUCUGGGCUGGUUGGACGUACCAGAAGCGGCUGGCAGCGACGAUCGGCCGAAUGCCAAUGGAACAGUCCAUCUGUUUGCGUCCAAGGCACAUGUGGAAUUCCUCAGUGUUUUAGCCAACGCAAAGUUCGCGAAGAACCAGCAGACAAUCGAUAAAUUCAAGGCAGGCAUCACUGCCGCUUUUUCGGAACCGGGAAUGGAGGCUUUAUCGACGGAUGCGAAGGCGACGAUUGAGACGAAGGAGGAAAGGAAGGAGCGGAAGCAACGAGAAGGUCUCGCAUUAGCGGCCAAAUUACGAGCCGAGAAAGUCGGGAAAUUUGGUAAUGGCUCGCCCGAUGAAGGCGAAUGAAAUCCAAUUGCGGAAUUCGCAGCAUAUUUCACCCGUACAUUAUGUAGAACCGAAUCGUCUAUAAUACAUAGAUGGCAGUGUAGAUCUAGGUACUUCAGAUUCAGUUGGAAGAGAGAGCGGGGUAUCAAGAGGACAGGCGUGACGUGAGCACAAUCGCGUGAGUCUUGCUUGCCCUCUUGCCGGAGCUGCCCUUUGUUUGUUUGCGUUCAAUUGUCAAGCGCCAAGCUUGCAGCCCUGUUCUG